AUGUCUCACGCCCAGCCCGCGGCCUUGCAGGCUCGCGAGCGACAUGCGGACAGGCAGCGUGGGGUGCGUCCACAAUCAUGUGCCCUCUCCGACGACUCGAUGGACGCUGCCGCCAUUGCCCUGGACGCCGCCGACUCCACCACCUCGAACACCAAGUCGUCGCCGCGACAUGUGCGCUUCCCCGACCACCAACACUACGACAGCGUCUCGGGCACGUCGAGCGCAAUAGCAUCCCUCACCUCGCAAUCCACCCUCGAGACCUUGUCCACCAGGCUGGAUUUGUCACCGACCGAGAAAGAGGCCCGCAAGGGCUUGCUCCGCGAGUCCUUCUUCGGACAGUGGAAAGACGAUGCCAGCCACGUCGAGACCGACACUCCCGAAGAAAUGCAGAAGAACGAUCCGCUCGGCACGCAGAUAUGGAAGUUAUACCACAAGACCAAGGGCCAGCUGCCCAACUCUGAGCGCCUCGAGAACCUCACGUGGCGCAUGAUGUCAAUGAAUCUGCGCAGGAAACAGCUUGCUGAAAGUCAGAAUCGACUCACUCCGCGACCGCUCACUCAGCAAGGGCCCAGCGGUAUUGCUCAACUGCGCAAGUCGUCGCAGCAAGCGACUCGGAACCGCGAUGAUCAUAUGAUCUUGGAUGAUUUCAUUGUUCCCUCUUCGAUCGGUUCGCCUAGUGGAGUAAGUCCAGCAGCAUCUGGGAGCAUUGCCGAGGGUGACUUCUCGACUGCGGCGACGUCUGUAUCUGCCAUCCCGAUCAAGCAGCAACAACGGCUGCGAGAUGCCGACGAACUUUCGGCUGCACGAGCCUCAGCGCCAUCUGUCCCACCAGUGCACCAGAACCGUCAAAAUGAAGAAUUUGCCUAUGUGCAGCGGCAUGUGCGAAAGACAAGUAUUGACGAGCGAAGGCCGCCCAAGAGGCGCGCGGAAGCCUCGCCACAAGUACCUCCCGUCGCCAACACAAGCAUGGCCGCCGAAGAUCCGGCCUUGGAGGCUGCUUUGCACGACUACGCCUUGGACAUGCCAAUCUCUCAGCCUCAGGCUCAGCAUCCACAACUCCCUUUCAACCUCGACACAUUCAAUCUUGAGAACGAUCCUAUCCUGAAAUCUGCCGGACCGAUGCACCAACAAUUUACGUUCUCGCCUGUUGGCUCGCCCAUGAUGAGUACAUCAUCAUUUCAGCAGAUGUACAACAACUUCCAGCCUCCCCCGAGCGCUUCUAGUUUGCAAUCACCGCCCGGAUCUGCGUACCCGUCGACAGCCUCUACCCCACAGCCAAUUCCAGAGGGCGAGCAAAUGUACUUUGGUUCACAGCUGCACCCUCACCAGUCCAUGCCGAGCUUUCAGCCACAUCACCAUCAGCAGAGUGCUAAUCAGCAGCAGCAGCAGUUUGUGUUCAACCCGAACAGCGAUUCUAUGUUCAGUGCCAUCGCUUCUACAAGCGCUCCGGCUCACCACAGUGGUUUCAACCAGCCCGUCUUUCAGAUGCCUGGACACUUGGACCCCACAAAUAUCAUGUCGAACGACUUUCAACCUGCCAGUAUGCCUAUCAGAGGACAGAUGUUUCAGUUUGGCGGCGACGAGGAUGAGGAGGAGGAUGAGCAAAUGUCUUUUGCGGACCCGAACAUGAUGAUGCCACCUGGAUACUCCGCAAUGGACGAUCCAAGUAUGGAAAACUACGGCAGCUAUCAGUGGGAAAACAGUCUGUCGAACGCUUACAACCCCUCCGUAGAGCGGUUUGGUGGGAAUCCAACCCGGAGAGGAGUACAGAUUGGUGGUGCGGAGAUGAUACCCUCACCGCAGGGCUGGGAUCAAGGUAGUGGUUUGGGCAGGGGGCAUGGGUCGGCCGCCUCCGUUAGCGAGAUUCGAAAUCGAGGUGGAGACCCCCGAACCCGCAAGAUCCCGCGGACCACAUCGACUCCCAACACCAUGGGCAUGGCCACGGGCAUGUUCUCGAUUCGUACGCAAUCAUCGCCCUCUUCGCCGCAAGAAUCAGGCUUCAAUUCUGCCGUGCCUUCUCGACCGGGCAGUCCAAGACUCGGUGACAACAGUGGCGUCCCGACCUCGUGUACCAAUUGCUUCACGCAGACUACGCCUCUGUGGCGACGCAACCCAGAGGGACAGCCUCUUUGUAAUGCAUGUGGACUCUUCCUCAAGUUACACGGUGUGGUGCGGCCGCUGAGCUUGAAGACCGACGUGAUCAAGAAGCGCAAUCGCGGAAGUGGCAACUCUGUGCCCGUGGGCACUUUACGAUCGAAGAAAGUGGCCAGUCGCAAGAAUUCUGUUGCGCAGACCAAUGCUAGCACUCCAAACUCAGGAAAACAAGGCAAUGAUGAAGAUUCUCCUAAAUCAGGCGCUGGAUCUGCUGGAAACACGCCGAUUAGCUCAGGUCCUACUGAGAAACCGGCGAAGACCGUCGUGUCAAUUGCGCCUGGGCCACCGAAGCCCACGCCUCAGCCACCAGCUAGCGCGCCGACUCGUCCAGUUGCUCCCAGACGUACCCGGAAACCGAGUCGCGCAAGCAACACUCUCGGCCAGAACGCUCACGAAAUGGCAGAAGCUGAAGAGCCGAAAGCUGGCAACAAGAACCCGAAAGAGGGAACCUCUGGUACUCAACAUCCUCCGCUCAUGGCUAACGCGAUGUCUCUCAAACCAAACGCGCCACCGAUGCACGCGCAAAUGGUUCCACCAGGUGGCGGCGCCGGACCCGGGCAGAUGACACCUGGACAACAUGGACCACCUCCUGGAGUGCCUCCAUCUAUGAUUACUGGACCCCAGGAGUGGGAGUGGUUGACCAUGAGUCUUUGA